AUGACCACUCGCUAUCGUGUCGAAUAUGCCCUCAAGAUCGAAUGGAUCAAGGUAGGCUUUCCAGCUGCUGUCUAUGGUCUCCUCGCAGUCCCAUUUGUGCUGCAUUCCCAACCCACAGCUAUCUUUCAGGAAUCCAGCGAGCGGCUCAACACAGUUGCAGCGGAUUCUCACCAGCGCUAUGCCGAGAUUAUGCGCGACGUUGAAAACCUGAUCCUCGAUCAUAUUGAACAUCACGAACGCAAUGCCCCCGGCAAAUCCAAGCUGAAGCUGCUGGUGCCUUCGGUCGGGACUUUUUUCACUCGCCUACAUCUAGAAGAUGCCUUCAAGUACCAAGAUCAGCGCCGCUUCAUCAGCCGGCGCCGAUUCGUAGCGCCCUCAUUCAACGAUAUCCGACUAAUCCUAAACUCCGCCCAACUACGGGGUCUAGUGCGCUCCAGCGAGGUCCAGCUAGUCACCUUCGACGGAGAUGUAACCCUCUACGACGACGGUGCAUGCCUAACCCCAGAUAACCCUGUCAUCCCGCGGAUCAUGCGUCUUCUCGAGCAAGGGCGCAAGGUAGGCAUCGUCACUGCGGCCGGGUACGAAGAGGCUCCGAAGUAUUAUGGCCGCCUGCACGGUCUCUUGGACGCGGUAUAUGAGUCUACUAGCUUGACGCUCGCCCAAAAGCAGGGUAUCAUCGUUAUGGGCGGCGAGAGUAAUUUCCUCUUUCGCUUUGAUCCAGAGUCAGACGUGAAAUUGACCUAUGUACCUCGGGAUGAAUGGCUACUCGAUGAGAUGCGCACCUGGCGAGACGAUGACAUCAAAGAACUGCUCGAUCUUGCUGAGUCGGCUCUACGAGCUUGUGCGGCCAAUCUCAGUCUUCCAGCCGCCGUUCUACGUAAGGAUCGGGCUGUCGGUGUCUACUCCGUGAACGGGGUUCGCAUUAACCGGGAACAACUGGAGGAGACUGUCCUCGUUGUGCAGAACACCGUAGAAAGAUCUGCGGUCGGUUCGCGACUCCCAUUCUGUGCCUUCAACGGCGGAAACGAUGUCUUCGUCGACAUCGGCGACAAGUCCUGGGGUGUUCGAGCCUGCCAGCGAUACUUUGGCGGCAUCGAUCCAUCCAAGACGUUGCACAUUGGCGAUCAAUUCUUAUCGGCGGGGGCGAAUGACUUUAAGGCUCGACUAGCUUCUACAACUGCCUGGAUUGCCAGUCCCACAGAGACGGUGGAUCUCUUGGAUGAGUUGGAAGGCGCAGUCAAUCCGUCCAAGUAG